ACGCCGCGCAGUGCCGUUUGUCAUUGGGUGGAAAUUAAUAUAGAAAAUAAAUUAAAUUAACUUAAUUAGAUUGCAAGAUCCGCGAACGGAAGACGCGGAGUUGGCGACAUGGAAGCGGAGCACCUGAAGCGUCUGGAGGCCAAGGAGGCGGACCACAUCCCGGCCAUUCUCGACGAGUUCAACACGAAGAAUGCGGAUUUGCUGGUCUUCGACAGCUUCCGCACGGACAAUCAGUGGCACGAGCUAUGGCUGGCCAUCUUCGGGAUUCUGGAGGAGCAGCGGCUGAGUCACCUGCAUACGCAGUGCCUGAACACAGUGCGGAUUCUGACGCGGGAUGAGUUCAGCCUGCAAACGAAUUACAUCGAGCAGGAGGUGAACACCCUGCUGAGGCUGGCCAGAAUAGAGGCCAGCUCCUUGAAGCUGCCGGCCACGCCGGACGAGCUGAAGCAGCAGGAGCGCGAGGAACCGCAGCUGGAGCCGAGCAAGGCCCAGUCGGAGGUUAUAGCCGAGGCUCUGAAAUGCCUCUGCAAUCUGGUCUACCAAAGCUCUGACUGCCGGCGUCAGUGCCUCAGGCAGCACUGCCUGGACGCCAUCCUCAAGCGUGUGGCCAGCUCCAUGCGACAUCCUUGCGCCCUGGAGUACUACGAUAUGAAGCUGCUCUUCCUGCUCACUGCCCUGGAGCCGGCGGCACGUUCCCGCCUCCAGAUCGAUCUCAAUGGCCUCACGUACAUGACCAAGUGGCUGGACGACAAGCUGGGCGAGGAGGUUGCCGGCGAGGAGCAGCUGAACAUCAUCUGUGAGCUGCUCAAGGUGAUGUUCAAUGUGACAAGUGCUCCGGACAAGAGUCCCAACGAGUACGAAAUCCAGAGCUUACAUUUGACGGGCGUGCUGCGGGAGCUGCUGCUUCGCUUCGGCGACAUGACCACCGACAAGGAGCGCGCCGUGGUGACCCAUGCCAUUAAUCUGCUGACCAAUAUCUCGGGCAGCUGCCUCACCGAGCUCACCCUGCGCUGUUCGAAUGCAGAAGAACAGGCCCGGGAGCAGGACAAGCGCCAGGAGAAGGAGAAGGAGAAGGAAACACAGGCGGAUGCAGAGACAGGUGCCCGGGCCAAGCCUCCUCAGUGCUGUUCGCAGUGUUACGAGAAGCGGAAUGUCCGCAGUCUGGCCGUGCUGCUGCGCUAUCUGCGUCAGUCACUGGCCCAACAGGAGGCCGAGGCCAGUUCCCACGAGCUGUUGUCGCCGGUGCUCACGGUGCUGGUGAAGUGUGCUCGCAGUGAUCGCGUCAUGCGUCAUUAUCUGCGUCAGGAGAUCCUGCCACCGCUGCGGGACGUAAGCCAGCGCCCAGAGAUUGGCCAGGAGUUGCGCAAUCAUUUGUGCCGCUUCCUCACACUGCCCGCCAUGAUCCUGCGCGAUCUGUCCGCCGAACUGCUGUUUGUCCUGUGCAAGGAGGACGUGGGCCGCAUGAUCAAGUAUACGGGCUAUGGCAACGCAGCCGGACUAUUCGCUAAGCGAGGCAUACUCGACUGCCGGCGAGUGGAGGGCGCCGACUACUCAUCGGACAGCGAGGACAGCGACACAGAGGAGUACAAGCAGCAGCAGCAGGGCAUCAAUCCGGUGCUGGGCUGUGUGGAGCCACGCAGCAAGCCAAAUCCGCUGGACGAGAUGAGUGACGAGCAGAAGGAGUACGAGGCCAUGCAGCUGGUCAAUCUCAUCGAACAACUGCGACAGGGCGGCAUCGUUAAGCCGGCGCUGAUCGAUAAGGAUGGGCGGCCGCAGCCACUGGAGCACAUCCUUCAGCUGCAGGAGGAGUUGCCGCAGCAGCAGCUGGAUCAGAAACGGAAGACCUAAGCUUAAGUUGCUUAAGCUGGGCUGGCAGAGGAUAUCUAGAGGGUUCUGCUAUGGCGACGCUUCCAGGCAACAGAGCUACCAAAAAUAAUCACCGUGAGAACCCAGCAUUUAUUUCACAGCAAGGCCAUAGAUUUUGUAGCUUUAAAUGUGUUCCAAGUGGGGGAAUGGGUCAAUGACCUCGCAGCAUUAUAUCCUUUGAUCCCUUUCCAAGGGAAGGGGGGAUAUAUUUUCCGAGCAUUAUGAGUAAUUAUCUGUUUAAUCGUUACAAUGUCGGUCUGUCGAUAAGUUUGCAUUAUUAAUUGAUGAUUUAUCUAUCGUCCUUUUAACGUAUUCAUAUAACUUGAUGAGUAUUGCUAGUGAAAUAUAUACGAUAGUAUUCUUAGCAUUUCGUUGCCAUAUUAAGAGUUUGCCCAGCUAUUCGGGAGCCGAUAUCAUAGCAUCUCUAAACUUGAUAACAUACAUAAUACAAAAAAUGCAAAACAAUCGUUGGGAUCGUCUUCCGACCUUGGGGAAAGUGUGAUGAAGGGAAGGAAACCAAAACUGAAUUCUUUUAUAUAGAUAAAUUUUGACUAAUCCUUGUACUAAUAGCUAAGUGCAUGUCUCUAUAUAUUUAUAUAAACUCCAAAUAUACACUUACCAUCCAUAGGUAGCAAGAUCGAGGAAUGAUAUAUACUAAAAUAGAUCCAUUUUCACUCUCAACUCCCUAAGCUAAUCAUGUUGUCUGUGUGUAACUUUAGUCUGUAACUCUUAGAACUAGCAAUUAACUAACAAACUAACAAAGGAAAGUUAUUAGGGGGCGGAGGAAGAGGGUAAACCCACACCAAAUAAUCGAAGUUGCAAAGUUCCAUGGAACGAUUCCAGAGCUGGUUUUUGAGAUCUAUAUACAGGAAAAAUACCUAUAUAGAGCUUUAUUGUGUUCAAUUUGCUAUAGCGAUAGAUGAUCCACUUACAUAUACCAUAUAUGUACAAUGAUAUAUAUACAUACAUAUGUUAUGUACACCGAUACAUCAUUAUAAUUGUUGUUGCCGUUGUGUGUGCGUGUGUGUGUAUAUGCUAAUACUUAAGUGUGACUAUCCUAAGCUUAACAAUAAAUCAAUCAAAGUCUUGCAAAUCAAAUUCAAUGGUUCAAUUCUGAAAAAUGCUCGUUUCUUAUUAUUAAGGAAGGUCGUACAAAAUGAAUUAAUUUUCAAAUCUCUUAUAAAAGAUGUUCCAAAGCAUGUUUAUCUAUUGAGUUUAAUACUUAUUUUUAAAGAAUUUCAGCCCUCGAACCAUAUAUUUCUCUUAUAUUAAUAUUGAACUAGAUCAGAACCUUC